AUGAAGUUGACUGCUUUGAUUGUCCUAUUGGUUAAGCUACUAUCUGGCAACGCCCAACAUGGCCCAUCCCCACCGGCUCCUUUUGUAAACGAAAACCCUUCUGGAGUUGGAGAAGCUCUCCCACCUGCUCCACCACCUUCAGAUUGCAGCGGCGUACAGUGUCCUAAUGGAACAAAAUGUAAAAUGAUUGAAGAGCCAUGCAAUCAGCUUCCAUGCCUGGAGCCUCUUCCGGAAUGUGUACGGGAAACACCGGAACUUCCUUCGCCGACAGUCUCUAUACAACAGCCACACAUUAUGAGGUCGAAAUCGCAGAGUUCUGUUAUGACCACCACAACGACGCGGUCACCAUCUACUUUUCGGAAAACUACUACUCAUUCUACGGCGGCAGAAACAGCCUCUUCUUCUACAAAAUGUGCUGGCGUCAAAUGUGCAGAGGGAAAGGUUUGUAGAAUCGUAGACAUCCAGUGCAAGGCGCAAGAUUGUCCGAGAUCACAGCCAAUGUGCAUCAAUAAGGCGCCACCACUGCUGAGAUGUCCAAAAAAUGAGUCGUGGAGUGACUGUUCGACGAAAUGCGAACCCAGUUGCGAGAUAAGAAUACCGAAAUGCGAUCGACAAUGUGGUGAACCAAAAUGUCAAUGCAAUCCAGGGUUUCUCAGGCACCAUUCUGGAACAUGCGUUUCUUCUGGCGAGUGCUAG